CUUUAGACACCACUGUUUCCCAGGAUCUUAAUGGUAUGAAUAACAGGACAGGGGCUCCUAACAAGAAGCAAAGAAUGGAUUGUCUGAGCUGCAGAUGCAUUGUCACUCUGUGAUGAUUCUGCUCCUUUGUGCUGAAUGGGGUCUAUCUCAGGCUUUCAACAAUGCGAGACAGACCCAAAGAACAUUUGUUACUGCUUUCAUGAAAAAUAGCAAUGUAAACUCAAGCGCAACUCUCAAGCUGUAUCUAGUGACCUGUGAAAAAGUGGCAACGGUUACAGUGAUGGUGUCUCAGCCAUUCCUCCAUAAGACGGUUCUUGUUGACAAGGACAGUAGUAGUCUUGUGACCCUGGACCGCACAUAUAUGAUCGGAGAGGAGGAUGUCACUUCAAAGGUAAUAAUGGUGACAUCAGAUGUGGCUAUAUCUGUAUUUGCCUUUAACACACUCGCAUUAACCUCUGAUGCUAUGACCUGCCUACCACAAGAAGACCUAGGAACAGAAUACUAUAUAAUUACUCCGGGGGGCACAACAGGUAAACGAGGUGGACAAUUUGCAGUGGCCAAUGGAUUUGAACCUGAAGUCCAAGUGCACAUAACAGUCUCAGGAUCCAUCACAUAUAAAGGGAUAUCCUACACAACUGGAGAUUCAUUCAUACUGACAUUGGGGAGCCAACAGGUAAUUCAGUUUCAAAGCCCAGAUGACCUUACUGGAACCAAAAUCUCAUCUUCAACCCCUGUGGCAGUGUUUUCUGGUCAUUCCUGUUUUACAGGCAUUGGAUCUACUUGUGACACAAUCAUGGAACAGCUCCAUCCUCUGCAGAACUGGGGAAAAAUCUUUGCUGUGUUCCCGUUCUUUACCCAUACUCAAGAUGUCAUCGAUAUAGUUGCAGGAAGUCCAGAUACGCUUGUGACUGUUGAUAGCCUGGGAGGUACCACUCAGCAUAGUCUACUGGAAGGGGCCCAUGUCCGUAUCACUGUUGACAAAAUCCUGACUAUCAAUGCCACCAAACCCAUUAUGGUCUCCUAUUUAUUCCAAGAAUCUCGCUCUAGUGAUAUAAAAUAUGAGUAUGAUCCGUUUAUUACCACUGUCCCACCAUCAUUACUGGGAAAGACAUAUUACAAGUUUGUGACACAGUCUGUCUACGACAACUUUAUAUUUAUUGUUUCGGAGGCAUCUUCAGACUCUGAGUUCUACCUGGACGGAAAACCAUUAAGUUCUUACCCAAUGACUAUGAAAGAAUUCAAGGGUUUAAGAGCUUGGCAAGUCUCAGUGGGUAAAACUGAUGAGCAGCAUGAGAUAUAUCACAAGAUGUCCACAUUCACGCUUUAUGUUUUUGGCACUGAAAUGUCAGUCUCCUAUGGGUAUUCAAUGGGUCAAGGUGUAUCAUAUCCAGAAUCGUGCUGUUUGCUGCGUUGCCUAGUGGAUGUUGCUGAGUAUACUUUACCAUACAGCUUGGUAUCUGGUGCCCAUCUGGAUGUGCUUGAUGUUCACCUAAAUGAUCCUCUGUGCAGACCAGAAAAGGAGAACGAUCAUUAUCUCAUCAAAAUACCAUUCACUAAAUGUGGAACCAAUGUCCUGUAUGAGGAUGGGAGAACCUUCUAUGCUAACACCAUCUACGGAACUAUCCCUGAUACAGAUGUUCAUCGUAUUGAGAUCCCAGUAAGAUGUGAAAUAGAGAGUAAUAGAUCCCUGGAAUUGACUAUAAACCCUAAAGUGUACAGUGUGGUCUGUAAAGGCUCUUAUAACAUCUCAAUGAAGCUCUACCAGAAGGACAGCUUCACUGAUCCGGUUACACGGUAUCCUCAUGAGGUGGAUCUACACAGCAGUCUACAUGUGGAGUUGGAGAUUGAGUCAGAAGAUGAGGAGCUGCAGAUAUUCAUAGAAACCCUCACAGCUUCCCCUUCACUAGAGGACACGAACCAGAAAUAUACAGUCAUCCACCAUGGAUGCCAUCAAGACUCAACUUUACAAGUUUAUCCUAUACCAGACCAGCGGCGACAACGCCUAAGUCUCCAUGCAUUUAAGUUUGAUACUUUCCAUGAAGUUUACCUAACUGCUAUUGUUAUUAUCUGUCACAAAGCCACCUCCCCAAAUCGCUGUACACAAGGGUGUAUCUCCCCGAGACGCAAACGUGAUAUCCUCUCCUCAAAGGAAAAACUAGACACUGCCAAGUUAUCUCAAGGGCCCAUUGUGUUCACAUCCAGAGAGCGGAGCAAGGACAAUGGAUUCUACAUUCCUCCAUCAAUUUCGCUGUCAGCAAUUUGUGUUAUUGGCCUCAUAGCAGUGAUGGGCCUUGUGAUUCAAACAUUGUACUACAAGAGAAAACGAAACACCCUGCUGAAAAAUUAGGGCAUUUAAAUAAAUGUCUAUUCAUAUAUAUAUAUAUAUAUAUAUAUA